GCCUUUGGCUCUUCUCUGCCGGUAGCUCUCCGGUAUUGUCUCUCUCCCUCUCUGUCUCAGCGGUCCUUCCAUGUCGGAGGAGAAGGCCAACAGCCCUUCGGGGAAGAUGGACGGCGAGAAACCGGUGGAUGCCAGUGAGGAGAAGCGAAAGGAAGGAGGCAAGAAGAAAAACAAAGAUGGCGGUGGAGAUGGAGGUCGAGCAGAGUUGAAUCCUUGGCCGGAAUAUAUUAACACGCGCCUUGAUAUGUAUAAUAAGCUAAAAGCAGAACAUGAUUCUAUCCUGGCUGAAAAGGCAGCAAAAGAUAGCAAGUCAAUUAAAGUCACUUUGCCUGAUGGCAAACAGGUGGAUGCAGAGUCCUGGAAAACCACACCGUAUCAGAUUGCAUGUGGGAUUAGUCAAGGCCUGGCUGACAACACCGUUGUUGCUAAAGUGAACAAAGUUGUCUGGGACCUGGACCGCCCUCUGGAGACGGACUGCACUUUGGAGCUUCUCAAGUUUGAGGAUGAGGAAGCACAGGCAGUAUAUUGGCACUCCAGUGCCCAUAUAAUGGGCGAGGCCAUGGAAAGAGUCUAUGGUGGAUGUUUAUGUUAUGGCCCACCAAUAGAAAAUGGGUUCUAUUACGAUAUGUACCUUGAGGAAGGGGGUGUGUCCAGCAAUGAUUUCUCUUCCCUGGAAGCUUUGUGUAAGAAAAUCAUUAAAGAGAAACAAACUUUUGAAAGAUUGGAAGUGAAAAAGGAGACGUUACUAGAAAUGUUUAAGUACAACAAGUUCAAGUGCCGGAUAUUGAAUGAAAAAGUGAAUACUCCAACCACGACUGUCUAUAGAUGUGGCCCUUUAAUAGACCUCUGCCGGGGUCCCCAUGUCAGACACACUGGCAAGAUUAAGACUUUAAAAAUACACAAGAAUUCCUCCACAUACUGGGAAGGCAAGGCGGACAUGGAGACCCUCCAGCGGAUUUAUGGCAUUUCAUUCCCUGACCCCAAACUGCUGAAAGAGUGGGAGAAGUUCCAAGAGGAAGCCAAAAACCGAGAUCAUAGGAAGAUCGGGAGGGACCAAGAACUAUAUUUCUUCCAUGAACUCAGCCCUGGAAGUUGCUUUUUCCUGCCUAAAGGAGCCUACAUUUAUAAUACACUUAUGGAAUUUAUCCGGAGUGAAUAUAGGAAGAGAGGAUUCCAGGAGGUCGUCACGCCAAACAUCUUCAAUAGCCGGCUCUGGAUGACCUCUGGCCACUGGCAGCACUACAGUGAGAACAUGUUCUCCUUUGAGGUGGAGAAAGAGCAGUUCGCCCUUAAGCCCAUGAACUGCCCAGGACACUGCCUUAUGUUCGACCAUCGGCCAAGGUCCUGGCGAGAGCUGCCUCUGCGGUUGGCUGAUUUUGGUGUGCUUCAUAGGAAUGAGCUCUCUGGGGCUCUCACAGGCCUCACCCGGGUCCGAAGAUUUCAGCAGGAUGAUGCACACAUAUUCUGUGCCAUGGAGCAGAUUGAGGAUGAAAUCAAAGGUUGCUUGGAUUUUCUCCGCACAGUAUAUAACGUUUUUGGAUUUUCAUUUAAAUUGAAUCUUUCUACUCGCCCAGAAAAAUUCCUUGGAGAUAUUGAAAUAUGGAACCAAGCCGAGAAACAACUUGAAAACAGUUUGAAUGAGUUUGGUGAGAAGUGGGAAUUGAAUCCUGGUGAUGGCGCUUUCUAUGGCCCAAAGAUUGACAUACAGAUAAAAGAUGCGAUUGGCCGCUACCACCAGUGUGCGACCAUCCAGCUGGAUUUUCAGUUGCCCAUCAGGUUUAAUCUUUCAUAUGUAAGCCAUGACGGUGAUGACAAGAAGAGGCCCGUGAUUGUUCACCGCGCCAUCCUGGGGUCGGUGGAGAGAAUGAUUGCUAUCCUCACGGAAAACUAUGGGGGCAAGUGGCCCUUCUGGCUCUCUCCUCGCCAGGUGAUGGUCGUUCCAGUGGGCCCAGCUUGUGACGACUAUGCCCGGAAGGUACGGCAACAAUUCCAUGAUGCUAAACUCAUGGCAGACAUUGACCUGGAUCCAGGCUGCACUUUGAAUAAGAAGAUCAGAAAUGCACAGUUAGCACAGUAUAACUUCAUCCUGGUUGUUGGGGAAAAAGAAAAAGCCAGUGGCACUGUGAAUAUCCGCACCAGGGACAAUAAGGUCCAUGGGGAGCGAACUGUCGAGGAAACUGUGGUGCGGCUGCAGCAGCUCAAGCAGUCCCGCAGCAAGCAGGCAGAAGAGGAAUUUUAACAGGAACAUGGUCCACACUGGCUCAGCCUAAGGAAGACAAGUGCUCCAUCCCUGGGAAACGUGCGUUUAUAAUGAACCUGGAAUAAUGCUGCAGUCUAUGUGAAUCAGCCUUUUUGAUCUGGACAAUUCAUAAACAGUGUGUUAGAUGAGGGUCAAUAAAAGAACCAUUAAAAUUAUUUUAGUCUUUAAAUGUCUCAGCAGUG